UCAAGGCUGGUUGGUGUUAGAAGCGUUUCACCGCCCAGAAAUUUUGUCACGUGACCCGUCAACUUUCACCCAGGAUAUUUAUUGCCUGACUUCCCCUUAGCAACAGAGUGGCGGUGCUUGGUUACCUAGCAACCAAACGACGCGUCCACUUCAAGGAGAGUCCUUAGGAAGGAAUGCCUGAACUUUUUCCCAGUGAAGAAGCUACCUGAUUUGUAAGUAAAGCUUUCCACUUCUUCUCCACAUCCUACCUCUGGUCUUCACCAAGGACACCAUCAUCAGGAACAAUCUGUGAAGGAGGAACCCAAUUUCUCAGGGAAGAUGAGCCGCUCAUAUGAAUCGAUCGACCCGAAGGUGAUAGACGAUGACAUGCUCAAGGUAGCUGUUGGGGAGCAAGGCCCCCAGGAGGAGGCUGGGCAGCUAGCCAAGCAGGAGGGCAUCCUCUUCAAAGAUGUUCUGUCCCUGCAGCUGGACUUCCAAAACAUCCUCCGCAUAGAUAACCUCUGGCAGUUUGAGAACCUGCAGAAGCUGCAGCUGAACAACAACAUCAUCGAGAGAAUUGAGGGCCUGGAAAACCUCAUACAUCUGGUCUGGCUGGAUUUGUCCUUCAAUAACAUCGAGACCAUUGAGGGGCUGGAUACCCUGGUCAAUCUGGAAGACCUGAGCUUGUCCAACAACCGGAUCUCCAAGAUGGACUCUCUCGAUGCCCUGGUGAAGCUGCAGGUGCUGUCACUAGGCAACAACCAGAUUAGCAACAUAAUGAAUAUCCUCUACCUGCGUCGGUUCACAGACCUUCGAACACUCACCCUCUCUGGAAACCCCGUUGCUGAGGCAGAGGAGUACAAGAUGUUCAUCUAUGCCUAUCUUCCUGACCUGGUGUACCUGGACUUCCGGCGCAUUGAUGAACAGGCGAAGGAGAUGGCGAAGAUGAAGCAUCAGUAUAGCAUUGAUGAGCUGAAGCACCGGGAGGCACAGAUGCAGGCCCGACUGGAGGACCAGAAGUUGCAGCAGGAGAAACUGGCACAGCACAAGCUGGCGUUCGUUGAGCACUUGGAUGGCCCCUUCCUGUUUAACAGCAUGUAUUCUGAGGAUGUGGAGGGCAACAAGCUAUCCUACCUACCUGGUGUUGGUGAGCUUCUUGAGACCUACAAGGACAAAUUUGUCGUCAUCUGCCUGAACAUUUUUGAAUAUGGCUUGAAGCAGCAGGAGAAGCGAAAGGCAGAGUUAGACACUUUCAAUGAGUGCAUGCAGGAGGCCAUCCAGGAGAACCAGGAGAAGGGCAAGCUCAAGGUUGCCAAGUUUGAGGAAAAACAUCUGCUGAAUUUAAACGCCAUCCGAGAAGAGACUGAACUGCCCAACAUUGAGAAGAAGUUAACAGAAUGCAGUGAUGACAUCAAUGACCUGUUCAACAUGCUCAUGACGCUGGAGAUGCAGCUGGUGGAGCAGCUGGAGGAGGCUAUAAACAUAUUUGAAAGAAACAUCACUGACUUGGUGGGACUAUUUAUUGAAAAUGUCCAAAGUCUGAUGGCUCAGUGCCGAGACUUGGAGAACCAUCACCACGAGAAGCUCCUGGAGAUCGCCAUCAACACCCUGGAGAAGAUUCUCAAGGGCGAGAUGGAUGAGGACUUGCCUGAUGACGUGCGGGCACUUUUUGUUGACAAAGACACAACUGUUAAUGCUGUCGGGGCGUCGCAUGACAUUCACCUCCUGAAGAUUGACAACCGAGAAGAUGAGCUGGUGACUGGAAUCAACUCUUGGUGUGCACAUCUAUUAGACAAGAUUCACAAAGAUGAGAUCAUGAGGAACCGUAAACGAGUGAAGGAGAUCAAUCAGUACAUCGACCACAUGCAGAGUGAGCUGGACAACCUGGAAUGUGGUGACAUUAUAGACAUUUAGGAAAUGGAAUACCUUAGUUCACACCUACCCCAACACCCUUGGUAAGAAUUCUCAAUAUAAGGAAAAAUAAAGGUCUGAUGUCAGUA